GGCCCUGGGAGAGUCCGUGUUGGGUCACUUUCCUUCCUUUGGAGACUCUGGUCACAGCUUGUUGCCCACGGCCGCCGGCGAAAUUUGGUGGCAGCCCCCGAAGUGCGCUACGGUCCCCCCGAGCAGCAGCGGGUCCAUGGAGAAGGGCCCGGUGGCGGCCAAACCGCGGGGCGCCAGGUGCAGCAAUGGGGUUCCCGAGGGCCAGCCGCAGCGGCCGGAGCGGAGCCGAUCGGCGGAAAAGCCGCCGCGGCGGGAGACCAAGAGUCCUCAGCCGGUGGAAGGCUGGUCGGGCGAGCGGCCCCGCAUAGAGGUGGUUAAUGAUAUUAACUUCCCGGACCUGGUGACCGCCUACUCGUCCAUCCUGAGGUCUCUGGGCGAGGACCCCCAGCGGCAGGGGCUGCUCAAGACGCCCUGGAGGGCGGCCUCGGCCAUGCAGUUCUUCACCAAGGGCUACCAGGAGACCAUCUCGGAUGUCCUAAAUGAUGCUAUAUUUGAUGAAGAUCAUGAUGAGAUGGUGAUAGUGAAGGACAUAGAUAUGUUUUCCAUGUGUGAGCAUCAUCUAGUUCCAUUUACUGGAAAGGUCCAUAUUGGUUAUCUUCCCAACAAGCAAGUCCUUGGCCUCAGCAAACUUGCAAGGAUCGUAGAAAUCUAUAGUAGAAGAUUACAAGUCCAAGAGCGCCUUACAAAACAAAUUGCCGUAGCAAUCACAGAAGCUUUGCGACCUGCUGGCGUCGGAGUAGUGAUUGAAGCAACACACAUGUGUAUGGUCAUGCGAGGGGUACAGAAGAUGAACAGCAAGACUGUGACCAGCACGAUGUUAGGUGUGUUCCGGGAAGAUCCAAAGACUCGGGAGGAGUUUCUGACUCUCAUUAGGAGCUGAGGCUCCGUGCACGCCACAUGAUUUGCUGCAGAUCUUGCCACAAGUAGCAUUGUAUGUCUCAUCUUAAUUGUUUGUACAUUCUCUUUUCAAUUGUUACAGAUGUGAACAUUAUUCCUUGUCAUUAAUUGUGUUUAAUAAUUAUUUAUAGCAAGUCAAAUAAAUAUAAUUAAUAAAGGGGUGAGCCCUCUACUUUCUCCUUGCCACCUUUUAGUGGCAUCAUUUAAGCAAACUGCCGAGCGUGUAAGUUAUAUGCACAAAACCACUGCCAUCAGAUGACCCGAGGAUGCUGGGAAGGGGGAAGAAUUCAUUUAUUUUCUUCAAUAAUAUGGUCAGUUGAUUCAUAAGCAUAGGAGUAUAGGGAAUGGGAGAAAACUAUGACCAAUAUACUGUUGUUUUCCUCUCUGAAAUGAUGUCGUGCUUAAAAUAAUUUAUGUACAGUGUGUAGCAUUGUUCUGCAAAUUCAAAGUCCAACUGGCUCUACUUUAAUCAUGUUUAUUAAACCACCAGUGAUGCUUUAUUUUUUUUAUAUAUUUACAUUUUAACUAUCCAGUUGUGAUGUUAGUCACCAAGGGAAGGUGGUGAAACAUCUAUGUUUUUGAUUUUAUUGUGAGUUAAAAAGGCACAUUUCUACCUUCUAUUCUUUUUUUUUAAAUUCAAGUACAGGAAAGUAGUUCCUGGAGUUGUUUACGAGUGUAUUCUCAUGUCAUCAUAUAGGGAUUUAGACAUUUAACUCUCUGUGCCUUGAUGAGACUAUCACACCAUUUAGAGUGUAGGUAGCUUUGCCUUUUUUAAAAAGCCAUUAUUUUAUGAGACUUAGUGCUGACACUGCAAAUGAUAAGUCCUCACAGUUUUACCUUUAGAAAUUUCUUGGGAGCUUCCUUUGUGUGUCCACUUAGAUGUCUCAAAACUUAAAACAACAACAACAAGCUUAUCAUCACUUAAGUGUUCCCAGAAACUUUUGAGAGGGUCCAUCAUUUUUAGGUCUGCAGAACCUCAGCUUCUGUGCUCAUGAAAGAAUGCAGAAUGAACCAAUUGUGGGCUGCAUUAUAAGCUACAUCCAAUUUCUAGUGAAAGCUGUAUUGUUGAUGUCUAGGAAAAUUCAUUGUAAUUUUCUAGACUCACUGGAAAAAUACAGAAGUCCCCAUUCCCCUUCCCUUAUGGUUGACAUGGUUCUUGUCUUCAGUCUAGCUAUUGAAAUGGCAUAGGUCUUUUUAGUCCAGGAAGUUGUUGCCUUCUUAAUGAUUAUCUUAAAAUUUCUUCCACCAGGGCAAUGUGGGCCAAAUUAAAACAAAUGAAAAAUCUCAACACUCCCACGAAAACACAAACACAGAAAUUCCAUGGAGAAGUUUCUUAUUUGGUUGACAUAGUGCUCUUCGCAUUACCCUAUUACCUUCAGAAGAAUUAACGACAACACUUACUUUAAGCUUGGUAGCCCCGUGUCUGCUGCUUUCGUGCUGUUUGGUUUACAAUGGGGCAAAAUGGAGGAGGUAAUUUAAAAAAAUUACUCCCCCACUUCUGUUUUUAUAUUCGGAGUUUCUAAAGCACAGUGGUGGCUGAUUGGAGGUCCCUUUUUCAACUCCAACCUGAUGUAAACAUUAUCCUGCAUAAUAUUUAGACAGAGGAAGAAUUAAGCAUUCAACUCAUGUAUUUAAAGUAAUACAGGUGUGUGACUUGAAGGACCAAAGAAAUUGUUAGCUAUAAAUUUAUCUUUCUGAGAUCAAUCUUAUUCUUUUUUAAUGACUCAUGCUCUAACAUUCCCUAUAAGUAGUCUCAUAAAGGUCUAAUGUAUCCACAGGCUGUUGUCUUAAAUGCACAGUAAUGACCGUGUCUGUUUCAUUCUGGUCUGUAGUACUUCAGAAUUACUUUUUCACAUUCAUGGCCUUGAGUCCAUUUGGGGCAUUUUUAAGAAUUUGAUGCAUUUAAAUACAAUGUUCAAUUAUUCCUCUGAAUUUUAUGUAUGUAUGUGUGUGUAUAUUCUAAAGUUGGUUCUAUUUAAAUUAUUAAAGUAUUAUAAUUUUGUU